AGUGCUUCUAUGACCAUCAUCUAGAACUUGAAAACUCUUAGAAACCUCCAUUCAGGGCAUAGGUUUUUAAAUGGCUUUCGGCACGCAUGGAUGACAUCAUUCAGGGGCAGGAGCCGCAAGGUUUGUUCUCGAAGCGAUCGUCGUCUAACAUCUUGUCUGAUCCACGUAUCUUAGCGCACUUAAGGAUAGUUGCCGAAGAAGCUCAAAGCUCUGAUAAGGACCAAGAUGAAGAAUCCGAGUUACAGAACACAAAAAGAGAGCUCGGACUCAAGAUUUCGGCAUACAACAAGGGUAACCAACAUGGAGCUUUUCGGUUGAUAUUGAAAGAGGUACGUAAGUGUUUUAUCACGAAAUAUAUUGUCGAAGGAAUGCGCGGUUAUUUGUCGUAUGUUAAUCAUUUAUACUACAACGUGCACCUUGUCGCCCGCCCGUGCCGCAUUUAAAAAUUGACAACAGUAACUUCCCAGUUAGGCAUUAGGGGUUAUUACAGUCAAUGAUCAUCGCAUUAUUUCGCUGCACUUGUCGCUCAGUAGUUUAAUUUUACGGAUCGUGGAAUCCUAUUCAAGAGUGAAAUGUCACAACAGAGUCUUUAAAGCCGUCAAGCGUGAAAAGGUAGAACUGCUUUUCGUAAAUCAAAUUAGAACUGGAGGAUAAAAGUCAUUUGGAAUCGAUUACUUCACGUGUGACGUUCUCUAGAUAAUAUUUCGAACACAUGACCAUAUACUAAUUGGGUUUGUAUCUUCUUUCACUUCUAGGACCUGGGCUUCGAAGGUGCGUUACGCUUCUACUUCGAAGACGGCAAAGAAGAAUUGACAAAAGCUUUACGCCUGACAAACAAAACAUUAGUUUCGGAGUUGCUCCCGACACUGAUUGAAAAGUUUAAGCCCGAUUUGGUGAAUUCCUCGGUUGAGAAAAAGGCCAAACUUUACGAAGUCUACGAAGAAGGUACCGUAAUGUUUGAUGUUUUAUUUAAUAAACAUUCACGGAGCAGACUAUGGCAAGCAAACACUGUCACUUGUGUAUGGCGAAAAGAUCGAGGACCCAAAAGUAUUUUUUCAACAAUUGUGGUUUGAGAUUUACCUUAGAAGUUAUUUUGUUUGGCACAAACUCGAAAUUAACUUGGGAAAAAUUUAUUUAUCAAAUUCACGAAUUUAUUUAUCAGAUAAAUGAAUUAAAAGUUAUAAAGCUCAUGGUGGGGCUUUAUAGUUAACAAAUCAAAUCAAUUUUUCACACGAAAUUAAAGUUUGUGGUGAUUAUUAUUCUGUAGCUUUGGUUAAGUUUACUUUGAGUCCAUUCCUGACAUAGCACAGUUGACAAUCUUUACUAUGCUUUUGUGUAUUCGGACACGUAAAAGGAAAUGUUUGAAAUUUUGGCGACGAGAGUCUUUGCAUUUCAAACAGAUCCGCUAAAUCACAGAAAAGGAACUAAACGCCAGCAUGACUGUGCUCUGCGUGUGUCAUUGUAAGGCUGUAAUUGAGAGUUGAUGGGCGCACUAAUAGUUUACAGUUAGUACAUAGCACAUUCGAGAGCAGUUAAUUGGAUUCUUGUAGUAAAUAAAUUUGACUUGGAACGGUAUUUAAUUUCUUUUAUACAGUUUAUAAUGUAUCUUUCUCUCUUAUAGUGAAGUUUUUCUAAAGAUUUUAACUUCCACAUCAAAGAACAUAAACAUUAAAUGUAAUCUGGAUGCUUUUACAACGAGAUGAAAUCAUUUUAAGACAAAUCACGCUCGAAAACUCUCUCAUCCUUACACUUAUUUACAAAAAACCGUACAAUCUGCCACACAAAAGGUCAAAUUUUAAUAAUUUCACUGAUAAACUUAAGAUCAUCAGAAUUUUCCACAUGCCUACACAGUGAUACGACCCAGAUGCUUAUGCUGAUAAUCACAAUAUUUUUACAGAGAUUUUAUAUAUUACCUUAACCAAAGCUGCUACUACAUACAGAAACUAUUUUCCUCAUUUCUUUGAUUUCCUGCUUUUAAACUUAAAAUAAAAGACCAGUUGGUCAGGUUGUCUAUGGUAGUGAAAGUUUGUCAUAAUAAAUAAAAUCUCUGGUGUGCUUAUUGUGUUUAAAAUAGUUGUUUUGUAAAAACGUAUUAGAUAAACAAAACAAACAUCAAAUCAAUGCUGUUUCACUGAUGUCCCUCAAUGUCAGUAAAUCACUACUCGAAAUCCAUUGUUGCCCAUCAAUAUCAAUGCAUUUUCAAACACUAAGAUUGCAGGCAUAAUGGGAUAUUCUAAGCCAGGCAGUAUUGACCAACCAUAUAAAGUUAUAAUUUUUUUAAUACAUUAUAUUAGAAGUUGGGGAUAUGUACAAAGUAAUAAAUUACCUUGAUGAAACGCACAGGGAUUUUAUAAUAUAUCAGUUAAGGAAAUUUGAAUGAGUUGUUACAUCAAGAUUAUCUGGAUCAAUAUUAUGGGAGAAUGGGAUUUCCUAAACCAGUUAAUGGUCUCUGAAUUGCAGAGACCAUUUAGAUUUUAACAAAAAUGGACUACCCUUACCCCUAACCUUAUCCUUACCCCUACCCAGUCAAACACUGCAAUUUUGAGAAAUUGUUAGCUAGUGAUCAUGAAGUAAUUGAUUCAAUACUAUCAGACUAAUUUCCUUUACUCCAAGAAGUUUGUAAAAUCAAGAUUCCAAUGUAGUUAUUGUCAGUUUUUUAAAGAACACUUGAAUCAUGUUACCUAAUCACUGAAUAAGUAUAAACUAAAGUUCUUUGAUUCUAGUAGUCAAUCUUGCUGGUUUUAAGAAAAAUGUACCUCAGUGAAGGGAAAGUAAGCUAUGGACUACCACAGUAUCCUAACUGUUGUUUGGUAACAAUGGGCUAUUGUUAACAACAAUCUUCAGGGUAUUUUACGUUACGAGGGAUUUGUUAAUCUUUGUUGAGUCUGUAUGUGCAAAAAGUAUUUGAGUGUAUGAGAGUGGCUAGUUUAGCCAAUUACAGAUCAAAUUUCUGUUCUCUUGCAGAUGAAAUUUGUUUAGAUCCCUCUGAUGCCCCUCUUGAAAUUGCAUUAAAUGCCAAAAAGCCUCCAAGAUUUGUUCUACGACUGGAUAUAAAGAAACCCCCUGAGACAGCAGUUUUGAUCAAUGGCACAGACAGCACAAGUAAGACAGUAAUACCAAAUGGAACAGCCUUGAACAAUCCUGAUGCAAAAUCCGUUCAUCCAAUUCCAAGCCCGAGUCCAAGUCCAUCAAAAGCAAGUGUUCGAAGCACUGGUAGUGAUAACAGCUCUACGGGUAGUUCUGCUGGUCAGGCUUAUAGUGCAAGAAAUGAUAAUCCGUCCCCAUUCCCUGUCAGAAAUCCAUUUACAAAGCCAAAAUCUCCACCACAGGUUGCUAAGGCAGUAGAGGAUAAAAUGCCUUCCUCAUCAAGAGGUCAAAAUGUUAGAAACUUUUUAAGUUCCCCUAGAAAGGGUUUUGGGAUGUUUUUUGAUGGAUCUGGAAAUCAGACAGAUCAAAGUUCGCAUGCUGCACAAAAAGCGGCCCGCACCAAGCACAAGAGGAAAGGAUCUUUGGGUCGUAUGAAAGUCAAGAAAAAAGAUGCUGAAAAUGCUCAUACUGAACUGUCUACAGAGCAGUUGGCACCUGGCAUUCUCAAAGUUUUUGGAGACCAUGUUUCACCAGGUUCAAAUUACAAAAGUGUAAGAGCUACAGAGAUGACUACUGCUGAUGAAAUUGUUCAGCAGGCUCUUGAGAGAUACUCACUGACAACAGAAAAGGCCUCAGAUUAUGUCCUUUGUGAUGUGAUUGGUUACUUUACGAAGAGAAUUGGUAGCAUGAAUGCUAAAAAUUCUCAGGAAGAUGCUGAUAAAUGGGAAACUGAGUAUGCCCGGGUCAUCAGUGAUAAGGAAAAGCCACUUGUGCUUCAGCAGUUGUGGAAGCCAAUAGCAGGAUUUUCCCGCAGAUUUGAAUUAAGAAAGCGAGCUGAAACUCAAGAUUCCUCAUUCUUUAAGCCACGUGGAAGUGUUGCUGUGAUACGAGCUGCUUCCAGACGUGAAGCUCCUGUUCCAGCGAGUAACAAAGAGAGUCGUAGAGACACAGGAGCAAGUGACAUGUCACAGACUUCAUCGAUUGGAGAUCAUUUUUCAAGCAUGAGUGCAGAAGAAGGAGGAAGUUCUGGAAGAGCCUCCUUAAUUCAAUCAUCAUUCACUGCACCUAUGGACACACCUUAUCUUCUUCUUCUGAAAGGUUCUAGUAAUCACGAUGACUUCCUGUACCACAGACUAGAUGAGCAGUUAGCAUUGGUUGGUCGUCCUGUUCAUCAUAUCACCGACCAAUCACCUGACAUUCUUCUUUUUGCCCCUGAUGUUUUACCUCAGCAUUGUACCUUAAGUAAGAACAUUGAGACAUCAGCUCCCAGAUUUGAGCACCAAGACUACAAUGUAAAUUUUGCUAUUUAUCUGGAACCUUGCCGAGGUGCUGAUGUCUGUGUCAAUGGUCUGCCAGUUACGUCUAGUUCUAAACUUCACCCUGGAGACUUAGUAUCAUUUGGAAAGCAUUACUUGUUCAUGUAUAAGGAUCCCUUGCAAGUGGCCGACACAUCAAUGAAAUUAACUUGGUUUAAUAACUUGAAGCAGUUUUACAAGUGGCAAAUGUCUGGAUCAAAAUCAAACACACCUGAUUCUAGUGCAAUAAAUCCUGCAGACAUUCCAGACGAACCUAGCAAAAAAUUAAGAUUGUCAUAUCAACCACAAGAUGAAGAUGACCUGGUAGACAUGAUAAUGGAAAUUGUAGAUUUGUCAAGUGAUAGCUACAAGUUGACUCCAUCAUAUUUAUUAAUUAUGUGCAUAGAACAUUCUGCAAGAUAUCACACUGAACAACAAACAAGGCAACUUCUCAUCAAGAUUUCAAAUGCAAUUCAAACAGUUGCAUCUGUAAGUUGUUCACCAUGAUUCUUUUCUUUCAAAUGUCCUAUCCCAUUUCAUGACUAAAUUGCAUCAAAGAGAUUUUCUUUAAACAUUGGGAUUUUCUUGUUUAAAAAUAAUUAUGCUGCUGUUUCCUUUACUUUUAUAUAGACAUGUGAAAAUCACCAAAUAAAUAUAAAAUUAAAAGCAAUGAUUAUUUCAGUGAUUGAUUAGUCACUGAAUGACCGGAUAAACUAAUUGGGCACAAAUGGAGAUGCACCUUGAGUGAGCAACCUCUUGCAAGGUGCUUCCGUUCAUUGUUAACAUUCAAAUUAUCUGUUUUUGUGAUACAGCAGAGAUUGAUCUCUCUCUGUUACCUUGACUAGUGUUUUAAGGUUGUCCCUAGCCAAAGUAGACAGUGGCUUAAAAAAAGAGUAGAUUUUCCAACCAAACUUGAGAUAUUUUUCGUCUAGGGCAAGCUGGCUAACCUAACAAUGCAACCUUAUUGUAAGGGGUGCCUGCCUCCAAGAGUUUGACAGAGGAUUUUCCCUUGGGUUUUGGAUUUAGUCUUCUUCAAGGUAUCCCUAAAGGCUUUAAAGCGAAGCAAAUGUUGAGUUAUAAAACACUAGAAUAUCUGUUCAAGAUGCCACCCUCUAUAAAUUUGAGACAUUAUGUUGCUAUUAUAAAACUGUCUUUCUGCCUUGUUGUAGGAUAAGACAGCAGAAAUGUCCAAAACAAUUGAAAGGUAAGGGAUUAUUAAAUUAUUGUAUAAAUCAAUUAUUAUCAUAUUAAGUUUAAAAAUCAUUGUUUUACUCCUUAAAAAUGCCUUUAUUAAAGCUCUUUCAUUUGCCAUCUGUUUGUAAUCAGUUUUAUUCCUUGUGAACUGCAAAGUCAUUUGUUGUAAGCUACAAUAGCUAGUGAUUAUUUUUGGCCAUUUAUUUUUCCUUGCUUAAAGAAAGUGUCAUUAUCAUUCAUGUAUUAAGGUAUGUGAGUUCAUCUUUGACAGAACAACAGUUCCAGAGAAAGCUUUAGAAGAACUUUUACCCCAGCUUAGACCAGUGGUGUUUUGGAUGGCUAACUGUUUGGAAAUGCUGCCAUUCCUUCAGCGUAAUAUGUCACAGUACAUCAAAGAUCCUUCUGAAAAUGCCCUUCAAUGGGAUGAAGCUUUACUCAAUGCUGAUGAGGAACUGCUGAUGUUUCUUGAAGAAGUUGUCAUUUAUACCUUUCAGCAGACUGUAUAUCAUCUCACUAAGGUACUUAAAGUAAAUUUUAUAUCCCUUUGGAUCGCGGAAGUGACCACUUGCAAAGAUUUUAUACUUCACUUGGCGAACACUUUGAUUCUACCUCAAUUAAUUAAUGUUGACUAGUUAAAGAGAAUUCAAAUUCACUCAUAUAGCCAUUAAAAGCAAGAUGAACUAAAUUAUUCUUUUUGCCAUCCCUUUUUUAUUUGAGUCAUUUUCCUUUUUUGCACAGUUGCACAGAUAUGAUUAUUUUUUGGUUUACCAUUAAAUCAAGGUUAUAAUCUUGGCGGAUCAUGGGCAAUGCAAACUAUAAACUCAUCUGAACUGAUGGGAAAUAUUUUGUAGGUCAAAAUGAAAUUCAGGUUAAAUUUUUUUUACCAAGAUUGAUUCUCAAUUUGCCUUGUCUUUUAGCCCCAGGACCAAUGAACAAAGGAAAUUAAGAUCAACCUCGGUUUCAUCUAUAACAAACUCAUAUGGUCGUGACCAAGUGAGGGUAUAUAUCAUUCCAGUUAGUUUUCUGUGAAAUGAAAAAAAAAACUGAUGCCUUCUUUCAGCUGAUCAAUAACAAGUUCUGAUCAUUUAUCUCUUACAUUCUCAACAGUUGUUUAUUCCAAAUUGUAGGAAACCAACUUUAUAAAACUGUGAGUAAGUGUGCUUUGAAAAUCAGUGUGCAAGGAUUUUUUGUUUAACAGACCUUUUAGAACAUGCAUAUUAUUGGUAAAGUUGCGGAACGUUUUUGUGAUACUGCCCUGAUGUGCUCAUAAAGCAUUAUAUAAAUUUCAUUUUAAGCACAAAGUACAAAGUAAUGUUUACAUUAUUAAAAAGCGACUUUGAUCGUUGGCAAUAUGUGUGCCUAAACAUGUCAUCGUCAUAGCUAUCACACGUGUUUAUAACUUGGCACAUCGUAGCCAUUAUGGAGCCUUCAGAUGAACCGAAUUCGCAUAAGCCUCUUAUCACAACAUAUAUCUUUACAAAAAAAACAACAACACAUUUUUAUUGAAAGUUAACUAUAAGCUUAAGUAAUUGCAUAAUCUUCCCACCCGCAAAUAGCCUAGGGACUAAUGGGGAGAUGUAUCGAGUAGAGUGACAAUGGGGACACUUGCAAAUGUAUAAAACAAAUUUGUUAAUACACGGGGGGCUUCUAUAUAAUCGUCUUGAGAUUGCAAAAUAAAGAAGUAAAUCCUUAAUCUUUUUUGCUAAAAGGUGAUCGCUCUAGCGCUCUAUGGAAUAAAGAAUAGAGUUCCAAAUUUGAGAAUCGAUUCUACUGAUAUUUUAUGGACAUUUUAUGUGCAGUACACUUGUGACGGUAAAAUUUUUACAUAGUGAGUUAGGGUCUGUUUUGCAUUUUGUUCUUGUUGCUGACAAAAAUGGAAAAGAAAGUGAAGUCAUGAGGACUGUGUUGAACGCCCGAAUUGCAUGUAAAGAGUGGUGUUUUUAAAGUCUUACCUUUUUAGUGCUUACGGUGAAUUUCUUGGUUUGUCAGGUUUUGUACAUUGCUCUUCCAGCCAUCUUGGAUACCAACCCAUUCCAGGACACAGACGAGGAUAGCGACAAGAAACCACAAGAAGUAGAAACAGUCAUUAGCAUCUUUCAAACUACGUACGAUGUCGUGAAAGCUUAUUCUGUCCACGAUGACAUAAUUCACCAACUUUUCGCUUACCUGUUCUUCUUCACAAAUGCUUCCCUUUUUAACACGCUGAUGGAGCGAGGGGCUGGGGGCAAGUUCUACCGCUGGGCGAAAGGAGCGCAGAUACGAGGCAAUCUGGAUUUGUUGGAGAGCUGGGCGGCGCAAGUGCAACUUCAAGACGAGGCUACUGAGUAUUUGAACAGACUUUCUACUGCAGCGGAUUUGUUGGCCACGCCCAAAGUACAACUUUUACAGGUUAGUGCCUUGUCACGUUUGCCAAGUGAGACUGUAUUAACAUUGGGAGCCUUAAGAUCUGAGGACGGCGACGGCGGCCAAAACGUUUCUGAAAAAGUGAAUUCGCAUCCUUUUUCCAUAUCUUAAUCGCGAUUACUCCAACCCACUUACUUUGUCAAAUGUAGGCAAACCCUCCUGAAGUUGUCUUAAGAACCAUAUCCAAGUUCAGAAAGAGAGAAAAUUUCGUCGUUCCUUGUUUUAAUUACGCCCAUUACAUGAAACGUGAAAUUAGGCAUUUUCACGUCGUAAUCGUGCAGUGAAUGCAGAGAAAUGAACAAAAAAGAUUGAAUGUUGUUUAGCUUGUCUAAAGCUAUUGUCGUGAACCGACCGGUUUGCCCGUACGUGUAAUUGGUAAACGACCUUUAUGCCCUGAGCUUGGCAUGUUCAAACAAAAAUAACUACAGGUCCAGUUUUUUUUUUUCUUUUCUGAAAAAAAAAUUGUUUAACGUGUUUGUAGGCUGACUGGAUGACAAUACGGCGGGACUUCCCAGCACUUAACCCUGCUCAAGUUCAACAAAUCCUUGGCGAAUAUCAACUUGGUCCAGGCAAGUCUCGACCAAGGGGCUGGUUCCCACCGCCGGAGGAAGUAGAACCAGCACUAAGAACAGGUAGGUUAAACCAGCGGUGGUGGGCGGUUAGGUAUGCCUACCGUGGUUAAAGCAAUUUCCUGCGCUAUUUCGGGUUAUGUUUAUACAUAUAAGGUAAGCACUGAAACUCAAGUUUGUUUUCUGUCUUACUCGCCGAGUGCCUUUUUCGGGAGAAAUUUCAUAUCCGCUCUUUUGAUUGGCCGUUUUUGUCUUGAAACUCAGUAACCCGAGCGAGAGACUCAGUAACCCGCGAUAAAAAUCUCGGUAGCUGUGGCAACGCGGUGGCUUAUUUUUUUACAUUUUCAUGCUUUGUUGUUGUUUACAGCGGACAUCCUUCUGAGUUUUUCGGAGCAUCCUCCGCUAAAACUACCAGCUGCGGGGUUUGUUUUGGACUUGGAAAAUGGGCCGACGGAUCAGUCAUUCGACGACUACCUUGAAGCCAUCAAAAAGGCGAUCAAUCCAGGUAAUGACCGUUUUUAUGCUAGAGACGUUAAAGUCGUCUUAAGGCUAACGUCUAGUAUAAAGACGGUAAAUAAGGCUGACGACUUUAACGUCUUCUAAGUGCGUCCGAACGACGCACUUAACAGACGACUUUAACGUCUCAGACGUUAAAUGCGUCUAGACGACUUUAACGAAUCAAAACGAAAUACAUCAGUCUUCUACUUGCACUUUAAACAGUGUUAGGCAGUGGAACCUCGAUUUAACGAACCCCUAUAACGAAGUCCUCGGUAUAACAAACGAUUUUCUUCAGCCCGGCCAAAAUUACAGUACAGUGGAACCUCGAUAUAACGAAUAUAUAAACCAAGGGACUGGCAAAAUUUGUUCGCUGUACCGAGGUUUCGUUAUAUCGAGGUCCUUUUUCAUAUAUUUUACUAUUACUGGGGUAAAGAAAAUUGUUAGUUAUACCGAGGACUUCGUUAUAUCGAGGUUCCACUGUAAAAUGUAAGGAACGGAACCUCGAUUUUACGAAAUCCUCGUUUUAUUAAACGAAUACAGUAUAUCCACAAGCGCAAACAUAAAAUAUGAAACCUAUUAAAUCCUCUUUCAAAUUUGAGCGAUAAGUGAAGCAGUCGCACAAACAAAUUAAAUACCAAGAAAGCGACGAACUUUAGCUUGUCGGUCCUUGGCUAUGCACUGUUUUGCGUGCCAAGAUGGCGUCUCGUUUCACGACAUUUUCUAAAGUUGAAAUUUGAUUGAUAAAAUUUAUGUGUACAGUAGUUAAGCAGUUUUGUUUGCUUGUUUUUGAGUUUCUAGUGCCGUAGCUAUAUAUAGCUCGGUACUGAAAUGUUAUUGCAGUAAUUUUUCAGAUCAGGAAAUGGUCGGUUUUGUAAAUUAAUUGCGGGCGACAAGAGGAGCCCGCAAUCCUAAUCUCCAGGUUGUUAUUACGCAGGUGUCUCAUGUAUGUAGCCAGUAUUCGUCUGAACUUCCAGUCUUCCACUAAGAAUGAAUGGCAUGCAGAGAACGCAAUUUGAUCACGCCCGUUUGGACCUUCUAUCACUCGUAAUCCGAUCACGCGUGUUUUGAUUAUCUGUCACGUGAAACUUGCGCAAAGCAUAGCGAUGGAGCAAAAGCAUUUUGUCCUUCGAUCGUUGUCGCCCGCACUGCGUAACCUUUGGUUAUUACUAGUUGUUAACUAUACGUCGAUAUAACGAACGUUUUGGUGGUUUUCCCGAAAAUUCGCUAAAUGGAGGUGUUCGAUAUAACGAACCCUCAAUACAACGAACCAAUUUCCCCAGUCUCUUGGCACUUUGUUAAAUCGAGGUGCCAUUGUAGGAAGGUAUAAUCAGCUGAGCUACAAAGAAGGGAUACUUAGGGAUUGCCCAAAAUAAAUAGUCCCCUUUUGGAAACUAAUUUUUCCGGCUCUGUCGGUAGACUUCAUUGAAACUAGCGGUUCGAACUCUUUGAAUUCCUUUAUCUGACUGAUCCGUUUUCGUCUUCAAACUGAAUAAUUUUCAGGGCAUGGUACAACAGAAGCAGACGUGUCAAGAGUUAAUGGAUUAAACAGGUUAGUAAAAUCUUAAUGAGGGAAGAAAGGACUAUUGAUAUCAAGUUAGCGUUACUGAACAAAAGUGAAGCCUCCACGAGGAAAAUCUAGACGAUUUUACCGCGUGUACGUGUUGUUCGUGCAGUUAAACUGCUUUUGAAAGAAAAAUAUCACAACAUAUUAAAAUGAAACAUCCCUGGGACUAUAAAAAGCUUAAAAUCUGUUGCCUCAAAACAACGAUAUGCGUUUGGUAAUUGAUCGAACACGAGCAAAACCAGCCAACUAACUGAAAAAAAGUAGUUUCACUUGUUUCGCAGUAGGGCAUCCUUCAUUUUCGAGGCAAUGAGGUUGUCUUCUUUUGGGGAUAUUUUUUGGAAAACAAAAAAAAACACAUGGAAGAACUGCUUUAUUCACCAUAUAUAAGCUAAUUUGGUUGUGACUAGAAUGGACACCCCAAAAUCAGGUUGUCAUAUUUACUCAAAUACUUGUCAGGAGCCGGUUAAUUUUAACGUACUUUACAUGGCAUUGAUCAUUAUCAAAUCAUUAUGGCAUUGAUCAUUAUCAUUAUCAAAGCUAACCGUUUUUAAGAGAGUGCUUAACCCUAAUCACUGUACUUCGGUGCUAAACCCUGUAUUCCACCCUUUUCCCUGCACAACAGUCUCUAACUCUGAUUUCUCCACUUUUCUCGAAUAUGUUUCUCUACGAGGUGUAUAUCGUCGGGUAAUAAACAUAAGCUGUCCAACCAGGUUUUAAGGGAACCAUUGUAGUUACAACCUAUAUAAUUUCGGUGAGUGCAAACAGCAGUUUUUGUCAAAUGGAAGGCUUAGUCUCACCCUUCAACUGAAUGUGUAUUCGUAUAAAAUCUUUGCAGAGUUCAGCAACCAGAACCGGAAGUUAGUCACUCGGAAGUAAUUCAAACGUCAUCGCUUUCUCAGAAUGCAGAUCACGUGCCAGAUUUAGUGGUCUCCGCCCCAGCCUCCCCUAAAUACACUACACCAGAGGAAUACGUUUUUGAGACCGUCGUGUCUGAUUCUUCUGCGCUGACAAAAGGUGUGUACAUUACUUGAAGUUCAGAUAGCAUCUUAUUUAGCGCUGCUGUGAAGUGUGGUCCCGCGCGUGUGCAGACGCCUACCAUUUUCCUCUGCUUUACCGCCUGAAGCAGAGGAAAACGAAGAAAAAAUGAACGGACCCAAAUCGAAUCUCUCAAAGCUAGCGGCUGAAUUCUGUGAUGGUGCGUCAGCUUAUAAGGGCGAACUUUGCUGCCGUUUCUGUCUAUGUAUGAUCUCAUCUCUCCCACUCAGACCAAAGAUAGCAUAAGUCAGAUAGACCAUGGCCCCGUGGCCUACGUCCCCUACUCUUUUCGAACAAUGUCUUGGAUUUGUUCCUUUACGUCCCCAAUUAACUAACUGAUACGAACGAUAAAGGAGACGAGGCCAACGGCUUAACGUCAUUGAUCAUCUGAACUGAGAAAGGUUUCUAUCUUACCCAUUUUGGUUGGUUGGUUGGUAUUCUGGCCGGGGUUUGCGCUCCCCCGCGCUUCUUAACUCUCUUAGGGCAUGAAUGAAAGUUCCUUUUAAUAAACCCUAGUGAGCUAUUAGCUUUGUUCUUGACAUGCAGGUUAUGUUCCUUCCAGUUCAGAGACUUAGACAGGGUAACACCUAAUUAGGGUUGAUGAUCCACUGCCUCCAGGGUUCACGUAGCAUAGUAGAAAGGAUACAAACGCGCGUGGCUUUUGGUUGGUUAAGCGAACGCUCGGGUGAAAAAUCGUCAUGCCCGAGAACUUUCUAGAAAUCAAUCGAUACUUCGCUCUGACGUCAUACUAUAACACGAUUGGCCAAUCGAACAAUGCUCUCUCCAUAUUAGGGUUUUCUUUGGCGGGAAAACGAAGAGGGCAUGUUUUGAUCUUUUCGUCCAUUGGCUGAUAAAACAAAUAACGAACACUUUACUUACAAGGUCAUACGAAAAUCGCUCUAUAUUGAUGUGUAAUAGGGCUUAGUGCUCUUUGGACCCUGAGGAUAUAACACUUGCCAGAUUUGGCAAAUGCAAAAUUAAGGCAAUUACUCUUUAUUGUUAGGUCUAAGGUAACGUGAUUGCGUGGCAAACUUGUCCUACUCAGUUUCUGUCUCAUCUAAUUUAGAGAUAUCCGUUUGUGUUUUCAGACGAAACCGUGCUCCCAGAAGCGGCAAAGGCACCCAUCCCUGUCGAAAAAAGGGAAACACCUCCGAUCAAGCACGAAGUUAAAGCGAAAAUGUCAGAUCCGACACCAAACAGGCGGGUAACACAGGCUGCCAAACGCCCGCUAUCUAGAUUGGUCAGCGGACCAGCAGGCCCAGGUCCCAAGCCUCGACCUGCCAGAGCGAGUUCCCCCGCUAAUCCUUUGCAUAGUCUUGAUUCCAUGGGGUCGUCUUCUGGGGACUCAUCUGUGGGUCCUGUCAGAGGACUUAACAACAAAGAGCCUAGAACCUCAGGUUGGUAAAAAAGAGUGUCUUUAUUUUUCGACGUGCUUAUUGUCGGAAUUGACUGAUUCGAACAGUACAUUGGGCUUCAGCGAGGCAGCCACUCUUGAAGUAAAGUGUCGUCUUCGCUGAUGAAAAUAACUACUGUUGAUAUUGGAUAAUAUCAAUAGUGACGCUAUUAGUUACAAUUUUUUUUCAACUCUUUCCCAGUUCACAAAUUAAAUCUCUCGUUGUUGCUGCUCUUUAGGAGGAUCAGCUGUCGGAAAGAGGGAUGAAAACCAGAACGUGGGGAGAGCACCCUCACCUUACACGAACGACAACUCCAAAUGGAUUGACGUGACGCCCGCCGUCACACGCGACGCCGUGAACAAUGUAAACGGGUUGUCCGUACUUCCGGUAGAUGAUGUGGAAACGAACGAAGAGCUGGCCUUGCAGAUAGCAGUGGAUCCGACAAUUGAAACAACAAAAGAAUUCGACGAGAGGAGAGCACUACAGAAAGCCAAACUUUUAAGUCGGUUGAGGAAUGAGUCCGAUGUUGAUCUUGGAAAUGAUGUUGCACCAGCGAGCACGAAUGGCUUCACAACCAAGUUAGAGGGCAUGCGCGAAGAUGAUGACCGGCAAGAUGACGUGUUUAUUGUCGAGUUAAUGAAGGGGGAUGAUGGAAUAGGCCUAGGAUUGAUUGAUGGUCUGGUAAGUUUCAAGUAUUCUGGGUUAUGUUGUUUGCUUGCGUUUUGCGGUUUCCAAUAAGUCGUGCAAAGUAGCCCUAAACUGUUUAUAUUGCUUUAGUUUAUUGCAAGGAUACACGCAGAGUCUCGCAAUUUGUGCGCAAAAAUGGUCCACAAAUUCAUUUUGAUAACAUGUUGAGCGAUUCCCAGUAAGUCGGCUUGCUCAUGAGUGAUGCCCCUGAAACAUAAAUGAUUGGAGUUGGUCUGGAUUUGAUAACAUAGUUUCCGUUUGUGAUGAUCACCAAUUUAUUUGCGGAGGCAGCGUGGCCAAGCGGUUAGAGCGCUUACCUGACCGCUACCUGGAUUUGCUCUCGGUGGUCCAAAUCCUUGGUUACGCUCGUGAAAUAGCCAACUAGUUCGCCUCCUACCAGUUGGGAUUUGUAACCAUGUUAUGUUCCAUUUAAUAAUUUGUUUUAUUAUCCCUGAAAAGAGAUAAUGGGAGAGGAUACUUAAAGCAUGAUUAUCAUUAUUUUCUUUGUGCCAGACGGCCGACAGAGGUGUGGCACUCAUUGCAUAAACCUAACGUCAGACGUAACAGCUGGCGUCUGGCGGAAUAAUCAAGAGUUUGACUAGGCUGGACGUUUUUCAACAUAACCCUUAUUAUUUUAUGAAAUAAGUUUUCUUUUUCUCUGUAAUCAAGUACAAGUAAGCCCUGUAGUCAACCCGCUAUAUCAGACCCCCAGCUCGAUGAAGGGAAGAGAGGGGGUGGGGGGUGGGGGUGAUCUAUUGUUCCCGAACUGCUUACUUCUCGACUCAGGCGGGGUAGAAAGUGGCAUUGACAAUGGGAUCAUUUUAAAAGAGUCCCUGCGAAACCAAACCAGCGCCCUGUGGUCAAUCUGUGGUCAAUCUAUAAGAAACUGUUUUCUUCUUUACGUUCAACAUGUAUUUUUAGUACACACCACUGCGAUCUCCAGGGAUUUAUGUACGGACGCUUGUUGCAGGAGGACCAGCUAUGAAGGUCAGUUGCGUUACUAGUAAUAUCCAUAUAAGAAAUUCUUAUACCUUUUCCCAACACACCACUAUACAUUGCAACCGUGUGUGUUAUUGGCUGUUAUCCCGAGGAGAAGAGGGGCGGCGGGGUGGGGUGGGGGAGGGGGAGGGGGUUCAAUUAAUAUAUGUCACCAAUGAUUAUAGAUAUUUGCCGGGACGUGAGGACUGUUUUUAGGAAACAGGGUGGGUAGAAAAUACUACGUGAAUUUCAAGGGAAAACAUGCUGAUCAUUGGCUUUUAUGCUAUUUUCAGGACGGCCGACUCCGUCUCGGUGAUCGUAUCUUGGCGGUGAACGGAACCAGUCUUGUUGGAGCAGAUUACCAAAGGUACGUCUUUCCUUAAUAGACCAAAACCGCAAUUCACCAUAUUCACAUUGCCCACCUUGUUUAGUUCUCCCCAAAUUUUGCAUAAGUAUUUUUUUGAUUUCUCUUGGGAAGACUUCAAUACCGUAAUACCCAGGAGAAAUUGGAAGCAACGGUUAAGCAAACUUUUGGGUGGUAAACAAGGUGUAUUAUGGGUAGUUUGAAAAUAGUGAAUGGUGACAGAAGAGAACGCUCUGGGAUAAUUCAAACAAAUGAAAUUGCAAUUUUAAAUUAUCUGUGCUUUUUGUUUGUCUUGACCCAAUCCGUUUUACUGCGUUUUGUACUACGUGGGUCGGCAGGCAUUCUAGCGUUUCCCAUCGCUUCCCUUUCCAAAUCAAGGCUACCCCCUCGCACGACCUGAUCCCCACAAGCAGAGAGUAACGAUGUAUUUAAAGAAUGUAUUUGUUUUGUUUUAGUGCAAUGCAGCAGAUCCGGCAGUCAGGAACUCAUUUAUCCUUCCUGGUGGCGAAGUCUGAUAUUCACGUAGCAAUGAAGAUCACUGCUUCCAGUUGCUGAUAGACAGAUAACUGUGAAGACAACCUGCUGACCACUCUACAACUCGAUAGUGGCUAUUUUGUCCGUCAUGUCAAAGAAUAGAUUUAUUAUGGACGUUUUUAUGUCUCCGUAGUUUUCGAGUGUUUCUGGUCGAGUUCAUAUCAUUGCAUUUUUUUACCAGAGGUUUUUUACUCACAAUAGCACAUUUUUUUACCGCGUUUUUUAAUUUUACAAGAGUGUUUAUUUUACAAGUGUACAUGACAUUUUUAAUUCGUGAUGUGACUUGUCGAAUCGUUUCCUGACAUUUUAUAUAAAUUUCAUACGAUCCACGGUUGUUUAUACUUCAUAACUCGAAGAGAAGACGCAUAAUAUAUUAAUGUGCGG